GCCAGCCGGGCCUGUGCAAGGCUGAAGAGGAAGGUGGAAAUGAGGUGCAAAUCACACUUGGAUCGCAGAAGGGCCGUCAUCCAGCGCAUCCCUGGCUUCUGGGCCAAAGUGAUGAUGUACCACCCCCAGGUUUCCGUCAUCCUCAGUUGGGCAGAUAAAGACCUGCUAAGCUAUUUGAGGAAUUUAGAGGUGGAGGAACUCAGGUAUCCCAAGUCCCUCUACAGGAUCAAGUUCUCCUUUCAAGAAAACCCCUACUUCCAGAAUGAAGUGGUCGUGAAGGAGUAUCAGCUGAACAUCACUGGGUAUGAGGCAUCCUGUUCCAGUGUGCUGCAGUGGCUUGUGGAUGGGGAGGCACUGGUGCACAGCCCCUUGCAGGACUCCAGCAGGCUGACCUUCUUCAGCUGGUUGUCAGGGCACAAGUGUGCUGACUCUAACAGGAUUGCUGAGGUCAUCAUCGAGGACCUGUGGGUCAAUCCUCUGGACUACUACCAGGUGGAAGACAGCACCAGGGCAGAGGAUGCUGGCCUUUCAAGGGGAGCCACAGCAACCCUGUCCCUUGUGUUCCAGGGCUGCUUUGCUUUGGCUGCUUGUGUCCCAUGA